AUGGCGUCGCCGCCCCCCGUAGAAGAUCAAGCUCGUCUGCUUGAAGAUGCCCUCGCCGUGGUGCGCCAGCAGACGAUGCUCAUGCGGCGGUGUCUCGAGACGCCGGGCAAGUUGAUGGAUGCGCUCAAGUGCAGUUCUACACUCGUUUCCGAACUGCGGACUAGCAGCCUCGGCCCGAAGCAGUACUAUGAGCUCUAUAUGGCCGUCUUCGAUGCCCUCCGCCAUCUGGCCGUCUACCUCCGCGAGAACCACCCUGUAAACCACCUCGCCGACCUAUACGAACUCGUCCAGUAUGCCGGAAACAUUAUUCCUCGCCUGUACCUCAUGGUCACCGUCGGCACUGUCUACAUGGCCAUUGAGGAUGCGCCCGUCAAGGAGAUCAUGAAGGACAUGAUGGAGAUGAGUCGCGGAGUCCAACACCCUAUUCGCGGUCUGUUUCUGCGGUACUAUCUGGCGGGUCAGGCACGCGACUGCCUACCAUCCGGUGACAGCGAGGGCCCUGAGGGCAAUCUCCAGGACUCCAUCAGCUUCAUCCUGACCAACUUCGUGGAGAUGAACAAGUUGUGGGUGCGACUGCAACAUCAGGGACAUUCUAGGGAGCGCGAGCAGCGGACCAAGGAGCGACAGGAACUGCAACUUCUCGUGGGAAGCAACUUGGUCAGGCUCAGCCAGCUGGUCGACUUGGAGAACUACAAGAAGAUCCUGAACCCUCUGUUAGAACAGAUUGUGCAAUGUCGAGAUGUUCUGGCGCAGGAAUACCUACUAGAGGUUGUGACCCAGGUAUUCCCCGACGAAUUCCACCUACACACUCUCGACCAGUUCCUCUCCGCCGUUGCACGCUUGAACCCACAUGUAAACGUCAAAGCCAUCGUCGUGGGCCUCAUGGACCGGUUAUCGUCAUACGCGCAAAGAGAAGCCGAAUCCGAAAGCCCAGAACAGCGCAAGAAGACGGAAGAGGAGUCGAUAGCACAGCUUAUGGAACAAAUGCGCAUAGCAAAGGAAAAGAAGGCAGCCGAACCAGAGCCAGCGCCAGCGCAGCACAACGGAGACGCAGCAGAGACCUCGGACGCGCAACCAGACACAGAAGAAGCUUCCGAGGAACCCUCAAAACCAGCGGAUGCCUCUACUGAGAAUGAAGAGAACCAAGCGACUGAAACCGACGGUGACAUUGAAAAGAGACGCGGCAUACCGAACAACGUCAAGCUGUUCGAGAUCUUCCACGAGCAGGUACAGACGUUGGUCAAGAUGCAGCGGUUGCCAAUACAGGACACAAUCGGAUUACUGGUGUCUCUGGCAAACCUUGCCUUGAACAUCUACCCUGAGCGAUUGGACUACAUCGACCAAGUCCUGACCUUCGCAAACCAAAAGGUCGCCGAGUACCAAAACAGUGCCGAUCUACACUCUCAAGCCACCCAAAGCCAGAUCCUCAGUCUCCUGCUUUCGCCAAUCAAGACAUACAUCUCUCUCUUCACCGCGCUCGCAUUACCGAACUUCAUCCCUCUUCUACACUCACAACCAUAUCCGACUCGGAGAGCUGUGGCCGGCGAAGUUGCAAGGAGUCUGAUGCGAAAUCAAACCUAUAUUACAUCUGUAGAGAACCUCGAAAGUGUGCUGGAGAUCCUAAAGGUCCUCAUUCGCGAAGGCAUACAGCAAGCGCAAGGAUACCCAGGUGGACCAAUCCAAAGACGGGCACAAGAGACAGAGGAAACAAUAGAGGAGCAAGGAUGGCUCGCACGGAUAGUACAUCUCAUCCGCGGCAAGGACAACGAUAUCCAGUUUAAGCUCCUCCAAGCCGCACGGAAGUCCUUCGCCGAAGGAAAUGAGCGCGUCAAGUACACAUCUCCCGCGAUUAUCACAGCAUCUCUCAAGCUCGCGCGACAAUACAAGAAGCGCGAACACUUCGAAGACAACUGGCAAUCGCAAUCAUCCGCUCUUUACAAGUUCAUGCACAACACCCUAUCGACGCUUUACACCCGCGUCACGGGCUCCGCAGACCUCUCCCUCCGUCUCUUCAUCGCAUGUGGUCAAGUCGCAGACCAGAAUGGUUUCGAAGAGGUCGCGUACGAAUUCUUCGCGCAGGCGUUCACGAUAUACGAGGAAGCGAUCAGCGACUCAAGAGCGCAAUUCCAGGCCGUAUGCGUCAUUGCAAAUGGCCUGCAUACGACGAGGAAUUUCGGCAAGGAGAACUACGAUACUCUGAUUACGAAGUGCGCGUUACACGGAAGCAAGCUGCUCAAGAAACCAGAUCAGUGUCGUGCAGUGUACCUUGCAAGUCACCUGUGGUGGGCGACUGAGAUCAGGGCGCUGGGCGAGGAGGACCCAAAGACGCUUUACCGUGAUGGCAAGCGCGUGCUCGAGUGCUUACAGCGUGCUCUCCGUGUCGCUGAUGCAUGCAUGGACGCUGCAGUCUCUGUCGAGCUCUUUGUUGAAAUAUUAAACAGAUACGUGUACUACUUCGACCAAGAGAACGAUGCUGUUACGACGAAAUACCUCAACGGUCUUAUUGAGCUUAUUCACUCAAACCUACAAUCCAACGAGAAUGCUUCUUCGCUAGAGAACCCAAGGAAACACUUCCAGCGCACCCUGGAUUACAUAGCGAGUCGAGAGUACGAAGGCGUGGUCACGGCACCGAAGUAA